AUGGCUCCUCCUGCUCCUCUGACGUUGCGCUCAACGCAAGGUCCGUCUCGCGCCUCGUCAUCACCAUCAUCCUCUCGCUCCCCCUCGCUUGAUCCGCAUAAGACAAGGCCGGGUCCCACGCCCAAACAACACGGCGCCGCCCACGCUGCCUCGUCAACAAGAUCAACACGCGAUCCCUUUGCAACGAUUCGAUCCACCCGAUCCAUAGCCUCAGUGGCAUCGACCUCGACCUCUUCGGUAGGUGAGGCGCGCACGACAUCCCCUCGCUCCAGCCAGCAACAGUGGCGUCAGUCGCGGAUGAUCUCGUCUGAUACUCUCGUCGACCCGGACUCGUCUGGUACCUCGGGCGUGGCGAACAAUCAGCGAUGGAGUAUUUGGACUGCAGCAUCGACUACGCUGGAUUGUGACUGUGAAGAUGAGGUGCCGGAGCAUGAGCGAGAGGGCAAGUCGAGUCCGCUUGAGGUCAAGAGAGAUUGCUCGUUGAGGGAUAAGUUCGGCAUCUGCGGUGAGCACCUCAUCAAGCCGACAGACGAGGACUUGAACUCGUACCGCGGGAGCAUCACCUCUUCGUCACUGGAUACGCCAAGCUCGACUGGCUGCACGCUUUCUACCUCGGCCGCCUCAUCACACAGUCUGCGCGGCGAGAUGACUGCGCUGCAGCACAAAGCGAUGGCCGGAUACCAAGACCAAUCAGGCCAAAACGGCGACGACGAUUCAAGCGAUGAGGGCGAUGCAGCCCUCAAUGCCGCCCUCGUCUCUGCCAAUGUAGCCCUGCAAGCAGCCAACCUCCUACUCCACUCCACCCUAUCCGAUCGUGAAUACCUCUCCUCCCUGCAAGCAAGACAACGCGAGAUGGACUCCCAGCUCGAAGAGCGGGAGCGGGAGCUUCGGGCUCAGCUGGAGCGUAAUCGCUCCAUGGAGGAUGCAUUGCUCAAGGUGAAUCGCGAGAUGGAGGGACUUCUUGCGUCCACCAGUAUAGCGUCGAACAGGGCCGUCUUGUCCGGCGGGGAGGGGGGCACUAGAUGGAGGACUUUGGCCAGGCCAGAGGUGCAUGUCAGCCCAUCGACUAGGCUAGAAGGCAUCGUUGAGGCACAAGAUGUUGGUGCUACUAUUGGGAAGACGGCUGCGAAGAGAUUAGAGAGGAUGUUGGCUGGGGGCGCGAGCAGCAGCAACCCCAAUGCCACUGCCGGUGGUACACAGGAUGCAAAAGCCUUGCUCACCAGCCUGGCUGCAUCGACGCCCAAGCUGGCAAGGGCGUCGAGCUCGGCGAGUGUCAUCAGCAGCUCGAGCAGCGGCGCAGAAGACUCGCUCGCUGCCCCGCUAUCAACUCCAUCACUACUGGGCGUGGGCAAGACAGCUGCAGCAUCCACAACGACGGCUGCCACGAGCGCCUCGCCCGCUCGUGGCCCCAUGCCGAAGCAUCGGCGAAGCCAAACGUAUUUCGCGCCAUCGAGUGUUGCGCCUUCUACCUCCGCCUCAUCCUCGUUGCAAGACGUGCAUGAGCAGCUCGAGGCCGAAGACAGGUGGGCAUCGGACCCGCCUCCAGUCACUCCGCAAAACGCUCCUGUAGACCUACCUCCCCUCAUGGCAGUCAACCCAACACCGCCACCACAUCGGCGCGUUCAAUCCGCCUCCGCGGCCUCGAUGCUGCUGAGUACGGGUCAUGCGCGCUCACCCUCAGUCAUCAAGCCUUCUACGCCCGCCUCGUCCGAGUUUUCAGCUUAUAAUGCGCUGCGAUCUCCCGGACUCGGCGUGCAUGAAGAGGACGGAGAGAUCAUCGAAGACGCAAAUAGGGCGAGGGAUGAGGGAGCGUUGGCGCGGCUCAAGCUGUUGAGGGCUGAUUCUGCGCCUGGUGGUGGGAAGCAGCAGGGUGAGGCAGCAGUGAUGAAGGAUGGGCUUCCAGCGAGUGGUGGCACGCAAGGAGGGUGGGGCCUUGGCGGCUGGUUGCGGUAA